AACUCAUUUAAGAGCAAUAGAAACAGGAGAGGGUAGGUGCUGCUCCCAUUAACACGGUGGGAGUGGGCCGUUUGGCCCCGACCCAGCCCGCGGCUGUCGGAGGCGUCUCCGGGGAGGCCACGAGAGGGCACGCCACACGCGGGUUCUUGGCCCCUUUGCCAGCAGCAGUCCGACUCCCUGCAGACGGGAGGGUGGGCAGGCCGGAGCUCCUCCUCCGCCCCCCUCCCCCGCCCCGCUUUCCGCCCCCCUCCCCCCUGGUUCCCAGCUGCCGCGGCUCUCCCUCCCUCCUGGGCUCCCUUGCCGCUUUGCUCCCUCGCUCCCAGCUCACAGCAGGCAGGCUCCUGGCCGGCCGGCCCUCUCUCAGUCCGUCCGUCCUCUUGCUCCUCGCCCGGGAAGGGGACAUCGCAGCAGGCGCCCCUUCCUCUACCUUCUGCCCGUCCAUCCCCUCCUUCCCUUCCUCCCUUGUCCCGGCCGGGUCCCAGGGGCUGGGGGGCCAAGGUCCUGGGGCCCCAGGCCCCCAAACUCCACCAUGAGGGGGGAUCUGUGGCUCCUGCUUGCGGUGCUGAGGGAGGCAGCGGGCGGACUGAGCCCAGAUCCAGGAGCAGGAGAGGGACCAGGCAGAGGUCCAGGAUGGGAUGCAGGGAAUACAGAGAGGAAGAUGCUGGGCUGGAAGAGAAGGGCCCGAGAGAGCACUGGCCGGGCACCUUCACCAGAAAGGAAACAACUGAGCCAAGAGCAGGGUGGGGGCACCCUGGCCAUCAAUACAUUCCCAGAGAAUGAGACGAAGAUUGUGGAAGACAACCACAGCUACUACAUGUCUCGAAUGUAUGGCCCUAGUGAAACCCGGACCAGAGAGCUGUGGGUAGAUGUGGCAGAAGCCAACAGAAGUCAAGUCAAAGUCCAUGGAAUCCUUUCUAAUACCCACCGGCAAGCUGCAAGAGUGGUCCUGUCCUUUGAUUUCCCAUUCUAUGGCCAUCAUCUGCGGCAAAUCACCAUAGCAACCGGAGGCUUCAUCUUCAUGGGGGAUGUCAUCCAUCGGAUGCUCACAGCCACCCAGUAUGUGGCACCUCUGAUGGCCAACUUCAACCCCGGAUACUCCCCAAACUCCACAGUCACAUACUUUGACAAUGGGACAGUCUUUGUGGUCCAAUGGGACCAUGUCUACCUCCAGGGCCAUGAGAGUACAGGGAGCUUCACCUUCCAAGCAGCUUUGCAUAUCGAUGGCAGAAUCGUCUUUGGUUACAAGGAGAUCCCAAUGUCUGUCCUGGACAUCAAUUCUACCCAGCACCCUGUCAAAGCAGGCCUGUCUGAUGCCUUCAUGAUUCUCAGUCCAGCCCCUGACAUGCCAGAAUCUCGCCGAAGGACAAUUUAUGAGUAUCAUCGAGUUGAGUUGGACACCAGCAAGGUCACCAGUACAUCAGCUGUUGAGUUUACUCCGUUGCCAACUUGUCUGCAACACCAGAGCUGUGAAGUUUGUGUCUCUUCAGACUUGACUUUCAACUGUAGCUGGUGUCACGUCCUCCAGAGGUGUUCCAGUGGCUUUGACCGCUAUCGGGAGGAGUGGUUGGCAUAUGGCUGUGCCCAAGAGGCAGAGGGCAGGACAUGUGAGGAUUUCCAGGAAGAAGAACAUUAUGCCUCAUCCCCAGAGACUUUCUUCACACCCUUUGAUGGAGAAUUCACCACUUCUGCCUCUUCCCUCUUCAUUGACCAUCUCACCACAGAAGAUGAUACGAAGUUGAAUCCAUAUGGGGGAAGAGAUGAUCUACAGAACAAACCUCCCAAGAUAAAGGGUCCUCCGGUGCAUGCAGGGGCCAUUGCGGGCAUCGUGCUGGCCGUCCUCCUAGUUGCAAUCAUCAUCCUGGCUGGGAUUUACAUCAACACUCAUCCCACUUCUAAUGCUGCCUUAUUCUUCAUUGAGCGGAGACCUCAUCACUGGCCAGCUAUGAAAUUCCGAAACCGCACCAGUCAUGGGACCUACACAGAAGUUGAGCCUUCAGGACAAGAGAAAGAGGGCUUUAUGGAGGCGGAACAAUGCUGAAAGCAGGGUUUCUUCCAUUUCUUCCCUCUUCUUCCUUACCAAAAACCAAGCCCCCAAACCAUUGGCCUUGAUUAUGGAUUCUUUUCUCUUUUAUGAUGAGCUCCAUUCUCUUGAGGGUGGGAAGGAAGACCCAAUGAGACCCCAAAGUCAAGGCCAAUGUUGUUCCUCUUUUAUUGAACUCCUCUUAAUAUAUCCUGGGGCAUGGAGACAGAGUGAUGAAGGAUUUGCCAAACUACAGCAUGACAGCCAAGUUGCAGAGGCUAAAGCAGGAAACGAUGCACUCCAGUGGAUCUUGUGGGAAAUAGUGAUAGCCUGCCCUCAUUUUUUCCUUGGCAUCCAUGAUGUAUAGCUGUUCCCCCAUCUGAGUCUUGUGAUAUGUCAGUGCAUCUAUUCCUUCAGCCCCUUCCUGCAUAGGGAUGGAGAGGGUUUGGAGACCCUGCAGAACCUCACCUAGCCCAUGCAUUUGUCACAAUACUACUAGGACUAAAGGAUGCUGGGUCUCUACAAUCCAUAGACUUGAGAGCCGGUCCUCACAGCUAUGGAUCCAGCACAUGGUCAGCUUCUUUGGAUCAGCCUGCCAGAAACUGACAUGCUCUCCAACUGCUAAACCCAAGCAUUGCGGUACUUCAAAGCUCUUGCCAGACCACUGGAAAUGCAGUGGGAUGCCAUCAAACUAUGGUAAAAUGAGGAGGGAGGAACAAGACUUCUUGUAGAAUCCCCAACCUGCCCACUAAAUUAUCCUUUCCAGAAAAUAAGUUUACAAAAAUUGGAAGGGAAAUAUGCCACCCCAAAUAUAAUGCCAUGACCUGGUAGGAAACAUUGUUCUUACAAUCCCUGAAAAGUCCACUCCAUUUGAGAGUGUGAUGUGGUGGAUAGAGAAGAUUGGAAAUGAAGCCCAUCAGUACUGGUUUCAAAUACCACCUCAACUCCUUACUUGUUUUGUGAACCUGGGAAAAACUUUCUGGGACUCAGUUUCCUCAUUGUAAAAUGAAGAAUGGACUCAAUGACCUCUAUAGUCUCUGCUAGCUCUGAUCUUCUGAUACAGCAAAUAAGGAUAUACAUGACAAUCGGAGAAGGGAGAGGGCAAUAAGAAGCGAGUGAUCUAUAGGAGGUGGAACAUGAGCUCAAGUUUGAAGAAGUUAGGGAUGCUAAGAGGCAUGCUAAGAGGUAGGAACUCAUGGCCAUAUUUUCCUGCCAAGGCCACCUUUGGCCCAGAUCUUAUCCACUGACUUGUUUGGCUAUCAUUGCCAGUGAUUCUGUCCAAAGGCAGGGCCUAAUUGAUAUUUUCCUUCUUCUAGGCUGGAUUCAUGGAGCCAUUAGACAUAAAUAGAGCGGCUAGAUGGUCAGUCCUAGCCCUAUUUCCCUCCUAUUGCUUGCUUCUUGAAAUAAACUCACCAGGGAACCUCUGCUGAAUUCUAUUCAAAAACCAGGAUGCCAAAGUAGCUGGGACCAAGGAGGCAGAAUAAGCUAUGUUGAGAUAAAACGGCAUCGUAGCUUGGUCAUAAUCUCCUCAUGGGCAAUCAGAGGCUAAAUUGCUGUCUCACUUAUGAGGACUUCCCCCACCUUUUCUAUGAAUGUUUUAUGGAUGCUUUUUAUUUUCCAGUGAUUAUAUACUCCCUGAAACCCCACCCUAGCAUUCUCUUUGUAAUGAAGAUCUUUAAACAAACAAACAUAUUGGGCAUGACUGGCAACUUAUGUAUACCUCAUUCUACACCUGUGUUCUACCACCUCUCUGCUAAGAGGCAAGGAUACUGUCUCACCAUCAGUCCUCUGCAAUAAUGAUUGGUCAUUCUUUUUUAUUAGACCCAGUAUUGUUUUCCUUUACCUUUUGGUACAUUGCACUCUUGUUUAUGUUUAUUUGGUUCUGCAUCAAUUCAUCUGAAUCUCUCCAAGUUUCUUUAAGGAACUUUUUCAAAAAUAACUUGGCCUAAAAAAGUGGUUUGACUUUCCCCAGGUAAAUUAACUUUGACAGAAGAUUGUUAGGAGCAAGAAUUUAGUCUCCAAUAAAAAUCUGAGAGAUAUGCCUAAUCGAGGUAGUAAUAUCCUCCUUGGAAAAAUAUAGAAUUAAAAACUUACCAUUCACCCUUUCUAAGACAAGAAAAAUUAGUGCCAAAUAAUAUCACAGUCUCAGUGUACUUAUGUCUUAUUCCAUGGCUUUGUCACAAAAGAAACAAUUCCAUUAAGCUAAGAAUAUGUGAUCUUAACAAUGUAGCCAUUCUCUCUAAUGAAGACCUACUCCCAUUCAUGUCUACCCAUUGUUUUAGAUUCUUCCUAGAAUCUGCCCAUUAAUUCAUCACUGGGGCUAUAUCCAAUGUCCUUUCAGUCUUCCUCAUUCUUUGUUGAGGUUGGGAUGAUAUUAUGGAGCCUGUAGGCUAACUAUUGGGUCUGUUUCCCUCUCAACACGACUGGCCAUCAUCUUUUUUCAGUUAUAUGUUUCUGCAAGAACAUCUGUUUUUUUAAUUUCUCUUAAUACCUGAUCUGUGAUGUGCUGCAGCUGUCUCCCACCUACCAUAAGCCUGUUUGCUGCCCUUUGGGUAACCCUCAAAUUUAGUUCUUCUGAGACUGUGGUACUCCUUGACCAGUAGCCAUAGAAUCUCAUUGGAAGAAAAUGGGUGCUUAAAAGAAGAUGAACCACCACUUUUUUAGGGUGAGGUUUGAAGUCACCAAAAGAAUUUUGCAGUUUCCAAAUGGCAACCCUGCCCAGUCUCCUCCUGCUUCUCAUUUCUGAUCCUAACUCAUUAUCCAUUUGUAGAGUCUUCUAAGAUGCAUGGGAGGUGGAGACAAACCCAAACAAUCAUCCCUAACAAAAACCUUAUUGAUAUUUUUUCCAGUAGCUACAUGGUUUAUCCUCAGUGAGGAAGCUAAUGACAAUUAAAGAGGAAAUGUAGCAGACUUCUGGUACUACUGCUUAAUGAGACAGACAGAACAGUGGGGAGGGCAGAACUGGCUUACUAAAACGAAAAAGGAAAAACAAAGGCAACAGAGAAAGCUGGAUGAUUUUCAAACUUCUAAAGAAAUUCAAAAAUGUCUACAUUUUCUACAGAAAAAAAAAUUUCUAAUGUCAUUAUGAAAGGAACAACAGGCAUUUCAAGUGAUUUAGUAGGAAGGCAAGACUUUCUAACUAUUGCCUGAUUUUUCCCCCUAAUAUCAUAUUAGCAAGACAUUUGUGGCCACUAUGGGAAGUGUGGAGAUCGGACAAGGGGACAGAACAGUGGUGUGUAAUUUCUGCGGGAGACCCUGUACAAGGAGUUCCACCAUUUGGUCCACCCAUCCUUCAGUAUGCUUCUUCCCAAUCUGAGCCCUACUAUCCCGUAUUCUGGACAGGGAAGAGCCCCAUGAUUUGGAUGAAUGACUUAGAGGCACUCUGCCAAAUGUGAGUGAGGAGGUGCUUGAAGUCAUCCACUCCAGGUUAAGCAAAGCAUCUGCUAUGUCUAUGGUCAGAGAAAGUUGAGAUAUCAGGCAGCAUGCCAGCCCUACCCAUCUGUGUUCAUUACAGAGAGGAUAGAGGACGUAUUCAUUCAUGGAAACCGUCAACUAUAUGCUACACACACAGGAGGAAAUUGUGUGAACUGCAUGUUUACCCCAACAACUGUGGCAUCUUUAACAGGAUUAAACAUUCUCCAUUUUCCAAACCACCACUUCUCAGACUUUGGCUUAUAGUGAGCCAAAUGAAUCAGGAGGUACAGGGAAUAAUUCAGGUUCAGAACCACCGACAAGGGAGAAAUAUAGGCUUUAUCCUUAACCUUGUAAUUCUGAUCCAUGGGAAUCAGAAUUGGCCAGAAAUGCAAAGCACACUGAGGAAAGCAACCUAUAGAAAGCCAACUGUACAGUGGAUGGAACUCUGGUUCUAGUCAGAGGACCCAGAUUCAAAUCCUGCCUCUGACACUAUCUAGGUGACCUUGGGCAAAUUAUUAAUCUUUCUUAGGCCUUGGUUCCCUCAUCUGUAAAGUGGGGGUGAGGGGUGGGGAGAUUGGAAGUGCCCUCUGAGGACAAGUACUAGAGAUAAAAAUACAAACAAAAAGAAAGACAGUCUUUGCUCAAGAAAGCAUGGAUAGGAAAUAGUAGAGUAGAAUCCAGGAGAUGAGCGUGAUCAAGAGAAUCAAGAGUGUUUGUUGUGGAAGUUAAAAGGGAUAAGAAUGGAGAAAAGGCCAUCAGAUUUGGCACAGCCACAAUUGAACUGAAAGACAAGAAUUUCAGAGAAUAGUUGAAUUUAAAUAGAGUUGGUCAGAGAAGGGUAGAAGCUUCUUUAUCUGAAGUCAAAUGAACUUACUCUCCUCUUUAUAAAGAAUUUUGGGGCAGCUAGGCUGCUCAGUGGAUAGAGAGCAGCAGACUUGGCAUCAAGAGAACUUGGGUUCAAAUCUCACCUCAAAUACUUCCUAGCUGUGUGGCCCUGGGCAAGUCAUUUGCAAACAGAAGGUUAGAGGUUUGGUUUUGUUUCUUUUGUUUUUAAAGAUUAUUGUGGGGCAGGUAGGUGGUUCAGUGGUUAAAGAGCCAGACUUGGAAUCUGAAGUUCAAAAGUGGCCUCAGAUACUAGCCGUGUGACCAUGGGCAAGUUACUUAACCCCAAUUGCCUAGUUCUUCCCACUCCUGCUUUGGAACUGAUAUUUAUAUUGAUUCUAAGACAAAAAGUAAAAGCCAAAAAGAAAAGAAUAUUGGUUGAGUUACUUUCCCGAAGGCUGUCAGAUGGGUAUUCUAAUACUGGUCCCAGACUAGGGAGUACACAUAAGGAUCAAUCACAGGAAACAAAGCCGUAAGUCUGAGACUUCUCUCUAUUAUUCAAUAAUCUGCUCCACUAUGGCCAAGCAGUCUCAGAGGAACCUCUAAAAGAAACUGAACUCGUAAGAAAAAGGCCCUCCAUGCUCAGAAACUCUUAGAAAAAGAAGGUCAUUAUAGAGACAAAAAUCAGACUAUAAGCAAUACUAGUCUCCUUUUAAAGGGAAAGAAGAAAUCCAUUCAGAAGGCUUGCCCUCCCAUUGUGAAUUGAGAGCUGAGAACAAAAGUAAUUUAGGGAGUUUAUUAAAUUGUUCAGCAUAGAGGAGAGCCAAAAGAAGUGGCCUACUCCUUCCCACCACCCCACCACCCAGUUUCUAAAAGUGGCAUAUUAUAUAGGAUUCUAACAAAGGAGCAAAAAACAGUAGCUAAUUAGUUAAUACAUAAUAAGUUUUCCCCCAAAGGCAUGAUAGAUUAAUCAAACUUCACAUAGAUUAAUUACAACGUUCUUCUCAGGAAACCAGAAAUUAACUGAAACUGCCAAACAUCAAUCUUUGGGUCCCCUGAAAUUUUAUGGGUUUGGUAUGACCCAGAGAUCUAAGUUAAGCAUUAAACUAGUCUGUUCUCUAAGCAAUACGUGUUCUGGUUUCUAGCCAUGCAUGGCUAGAUUCAAACUAUUAAUAAACUUUCCUACAAUUUAGUACUUAAUCAUUUUACCUAAAAAUCAAUCAUCAAUCACUUUACCUAGAGGAUAUAGUCAGAAACACCCUGAAUUUCUGAGGUCAAAUCUUAGUAGAAUUGAGUGACUGUAGUAUUUGUACCACAACUAACAUUUCCUUACCUCUCCAUGAGGGCCAGCUGUGAUGUCCUUGGUUCCGCUAUCUUCAAAGCCUGAUCUAGAAAUUUAGGUUGAGUGUUUUCCCAGGGUCAUUUGGAGACAUCUUCCAAAGUUGGCCUUGUUUGUGUUUUUCUAAGUCUUGUUUUAUAGGGACUAUGUAAUAUACAUGUAUAUAUUGUAGAAUUCCAAGCAUGGAACUGACCAGGGCUGUUUGCUGUGCUCAGAUCCUUGCAUUACCAGCUUCUUUAAAUCAAGACAAUGGAGACAUCUCCAAUCAUCAGUAAGGACUAGGUCUCCACCACUUUUAGGGUACUAUUGAUGGAGUUGUUGCUGGGGGUGGGGAUGGGAAAAAUGGUCUUAGAAUAGUGUGUCAAUGUCUCCAGUGCCUGCCUGCCUGCCUGUGGUUCAAGGCUUGGGAACCUUUGUCAAAAUUCAGGAUUUAAAGCAAAACAAAACAGCUCACUCUUUUCCUAAUGGAGGCAAAUUUCCACAUACUUGAACUCCCAGAACUGGAGGGAUCUGAGGAUGGAAGGUCCCUUUGACAUGAUGUGUACUGGAUUCCUUGUGGAUAGAAUCCAGUGUUAGUACUAAAAGAAACCAUUGCCCUUGGACUGCCUUCUUUUCUUUAUAAAUAAAAAGUGUAAAUGAUUAUGGUGGCAUUCUGCUACUCACUCUGUGUACAGUCCUCUUAGUCAUUAUUUCUAGUCUCUUAUAUCCUUCUAUUACUAAGUAUCAGGCUUUGGGAAAGAUAUAAAUCAUCUUCUGGCUAUUGAUUACAUAUGGCUUAUGCUAACCUCCCAGGUCAGCAGCCUGGAAAUGUAUUGCAGCAAUAUACUUGGGGUGGGGGUAGGGGCUUAUAAAUCCCUAGAAGUAAUUUAUGGAUCCUACACUAUUAUCAAGAGAUAAAAUAAAUCUGAUUAAGUCUGUGCUGUUA